ACAACAAAACAGGAAAAUGUGACAGAAUGCCGGAAGUGGAAAGCUACGUGGUGAUUUGGCCGAGUAAAUCUCCAUUCCCACCUCCCAAAUUCCACUCUCUUCCCAAACCCACUCCGCUUGAACCCUAAUUGCAUCAAUUUCCCCUAUAUUUCCUCCCUUUCAGAAAGCUUUGUUGUUACUGAUUUCAAGUAGAAAUGCGAUGGUCUUACAACACAUGAACCAAGUUCUCAAUCUGGAUUGGAAUUGCCAAUACAGAAUCUAAUGGGGGGAAUAUUGAGUCGUAGAGCUGGAAAGAGCGAUUUCUAUGAGUUUCCACAGGGUGAAACCACCAAGAGGCAAAGGAUAUCUUCAAGCUUUUACGAGGAGAGUCCACGAUUAAUUCCCUGCCUUCCCGAUGAGAUAUCAAUCCAAAUUCUUGCUAGACUUCCAAGAAUUUGCUAUGUGGGCUUAAAACUAGUCUCACGGAGCUGGAAAUCUGCCAUUGUGAAUGAUGAACUUUAUAAAAUUAGAAAAGAACUUUCAAAAACAGAAGAGUGGCUCUAUAUUUUGACCAAGGGGGAAGACGAUAAGCUUAUGUGGCAUGCAUUGGAUCCGGUGUGUCAGAAAUGGCAAAGGCUGCCACUGAUGCCUAACAUUGCGGAAGAAGGAUCUAAAGGGGGUCCAUUAGGCCUUUGGAUGUGGAAUAUGGUGGGGUCAAGUAUCAGAAUUGCAGAUGCCAUAAGUGGGUGGCUUGGGAGGAAAGACAGAUCAAAUCGAAUGCCCUUCUGUGGUUGUGCUGUUGGAGCUAUUAAUGGCUGCAUCUAUGUUUUAGGUGGAUUUUCCAGAGCUUCAGCCAUGAGUAGUGUUUGGUAUUAUGAUCCGAUUCUUAACAAGUGGAGGGAAUCAAGUCCCAUGUCAGUAGGUAGAGCUUAUUGUAAGACAAGUGUCUUAAACAGAAAGCUUUACGUCGUUGGAGGGGUUACUAGAGGUCACGGAGGACUAACUCCACUGCAGUCCGCUGAGGUGUUUGAUCCUUGUACUGGGAUUUGGUCGCAAGUCCCAAACAUGCCGUUUUCAAAAGCUCAGGUCCUACCGACGGCAUUUUUGGCCGAUUUGCUUAAACCUAUUGCAACCGGAAUGACCUCAUACAGGGGAAAACUUUAUGUGCCUCAGAGUUUAUAUUGUUGGCCAUUUUUCGUGGAUGUCGGAGGGGAGGUUUACGAUCCCGAAACAAAUUCAUGGGUUGAAAUGCCGAUGGGCAUGGGAGAGGGGUGGCCUGCAAAGCAGGCGGUAACCAAAAUGAGUGUCGUUGUUGAUGGUGAGUUGUAUGCAUUGGAUCCUUCCAGUUCUUUGGAUAGUGCUAAGAUGAAAAGGUAUGAUCACGAAGAUGAUGCUUGGAAAGUGGUUGAGGGAGAUGUCCCCAUCCGUGAUUUUGCUGAUUCUGAGUCUCCUUAUUUGCUUGGUGGUUUAGUAGGGAAGCUUCACGUGAUCACAAAAGAUGCAAACCAUAAUAUUUCAGUCAUGCAGGCUGAAAGACAAAAUGAUUCGACCUCAUUGCCAUCAACUUCAUCCACUCUUUCGGCUGAUUCCCCCAACCUGGCAAGAUCUGAGACGAAUAUAUGGAAGGUCAUUUCCACUAGGUGUGCGGGUCCUGAGGAACUUGUCAGUUGCCAGAUCCUUGAUAUCUAGACCUAUAUUAUGACUGUGAGUUCUGCUCUUUUAUGUUUUCAACGAAGGCUAUAUUUGAAUAAAUAAGAUUUGGAUAAGAAGAAAUGAAAAGGAAAUGGAAAGUUGAAGGAUGUAACCGUAGUUUCCCAUAUCUUCUUAUUUAUCUUACCCAAUUCCUUGAUCGAUAUACUGCCUAAAGGAUUUGUAUUUUGUGAGUCAGUUGAUUUGACCACUAUUGAGUUUGAUCGCUUUCUUGUUGCCGGAAGUGUAUAUGGUGCACUGUAGUAGUAGUUGAUAUCAUUGUAUUGUAAAGGAUCCAUCUGCUGACCAUUUUCUCGCAUUGCGGCUGAAUUGGUUGCAGAUUGAGUGUAUCAGGAUGUUGUAAACUCCAAUAGAAGAUGUUUGAGUGUGCUUAAACAAUUUUAUUGUUGACUGUA